UCUCGGAGUUUCCUGGACGGCAUGAACCACACCGGCGGCUCCACAGACGGAGAGCUGUUCAGGUCAGACGUGCCCGUCACCCCCGCCUCCUGUCAGAGGAUCUUUGGCUCCAUGUGCUCUGUGUCAUCAGGCAGCCCCCUCCCACACACAGACAGCUUCACUCCUCCUUUGUGGCAUGACCAGACACCAAACUCCCUGAACUCCCCAUAUCCUCCACAACCGUCUCCCCCCCCUCCCCUCAGCCCUCCCGGCGCUCACAGUUCUCCCCUGAAAGGCCCGGGAAGGAGCGCGGGGGUCCGCACGGGGGCCGACAACGCGGACUUGUCCUCGCUGCUGAUGCUGAGAAACGGCGGCCUGGAGCACAGCCUGCUGGAAGCCGUGGAGGGCCUCGGAGCCCUGGACUUCAGGGGAGACCCGAGGCUGGCCCCGCUGCUGCCUGAGAAGAGGCGGGGGGGCGAGGCGGGGGAGAUGAGCUCACGCUCCCCUUCUCUGAGCGGCUUCUCCAGCCCUCACAGCGGCAGCAGCAUAAGCAUCCCCUUCUCCUCUUCACUGACCCCUGACCCCCUCAGAGGACACAGCGGGGCCCCGUCACCCGGAGCAGACCUAACUGACAGCUUAACUCUGUGUCUCACAGACUUUGGCAGUAAGCAUGACACUGUGAAGUUUGUUCAAGACACUUCCAAGUUCUGGUACAAGCCUGACAUUUCCAGAGACCAAGCAGCCAUCGCCGUGUUAAAGGACAAAGAGCCGGGCUCGUUCAUCGUCAGGGACAGCCACUCUUUCCGCGGCGCCUACGGAUUGGCGAUGAAGGUGGCCACCCCCCCUCCAUCCGUGUUACAGCAGAGCAAAAAAGUAGACCUGUCCAAUGAGCUGGUGCGACACUUCCUGAUAGAGUGCACGCAGAAGGGGGUCCGUUUAAAAGGCUGUCCCAACGAGCCCUACUUCGACCCGCUGGAGGAGGUGAAUGAUUCAUCACCACAGACGGCAACAAACUCGGCUGCUGAACUCCUAAAACAGGGAGCAGCAUGUAACGUGUGGUACCUGGGCUCUGUGGAGCUGGAGUCUCUGACCGGACUCCAGGCGGUCCAGAAGGCGACCACGUCGACCCUCUGCAUGGACCCUCCGCCGGCCUGCACCGUUGUCCACUUCAAGGUGUCAGCUCAGGGAAUCACGCUCACAGACAACCAGAGGAAGUUGUUCUUCAGGAGGCACUACGCUGUCAACACAGUUAUUUUUUGUUCUCUGGACCCACAGGGGAGGAAGUGGACAAGAGACAGCGGCUCCACAGCAAAGAUCUUUGGAUUUGUGGCCAGGAAAUCUCAGAGUGAGACUGAAAAUAUUUGCCACCUGUUUGCAGAGCAUGACCCCGAGCAGCCGGCCAGCGCCAUAGUAAACUUUGUCUCAAAGGUCAUGAUUGGCUCUCACAAAAAGUGA